UGGCAAAAGAUUUUCAUGAAAUAAUUCCUCAGUUACUCAAAAGUCAAAGAUUAAGUGUUUCAUGUUUGUUUAUACAACGCCUGGUUACGAGAAAAACCAGACUUGCGCACUGACAAUUCAAGUGUUUCCGGUCGGAAAUAAGAAACAAGGAAAUAGUUCCAUUUUUUAUUAUAUUUCAACUUAAGAUUUGCCAUUUUAAAUGACUAUCAGUCACUGAUCUUAUCCGGUAUAAGUCAGGUUUGGAUAGGAUCACCUGAAUUGUUGUAAUAUACAAAUUAUUUGAAAUAAUUAAAUAAUAUUUAUUAAUGUGCGAAAAGUAGUUCCUUUUGAUGGACAGCUGAAAUUUUCGAGAGAAAGAAAAAUUUGGAAUUAUAACUAUUUUCUCUCGCUACUGAUCAAUGGUAUUUGAAUAUGGGCACAAAAAGUAGGGUUUGGCAUUGGUAAAGUUACAUCUUUUGACCAGAAUAGUGUCCUUGAAUGCUUGUAGGCAUGUAAAUUCGAAACCAUGAACUGUAAAGGAGUGUGUUUGACUGAGAUAGCACACUGUCAUAUACUCUUUCCAGUUUUGGGAUUUUUAAGGUAGUUUAAUUGAGAAAUUACGUAUAUAGAGUAUGCAAAAGAGAGAAUACGAGAAAGCUGAAGACUCCUCUCGCAGAAAAUCUUCAGGAAGAUCAAGCAUGCACGGGUCAAGUCGCCAGACUGGAUCUGGUAAUUCAGGGGUGUUGAUGGUUGGACCAAAUUUUAGAGUCGGCAAGAAGAUAGGAUGUGGAAAUUUUGGAGAACUUCGAUUAGGAAAGAAUUUGUACAACAAUGAACAUGUGGCAAUCAAAUUGGAACCUAUGAAAUCUCGAGCACCUCAGCUACAUUUAGAAUACCGCUUUUAUAGACAAUUAGGACAGUCGGAGGGCAUUCCAAAUGUGUAUUAUUUUGGACCAUGUGGGAAGUACAAUGCUCUGGUACUAGAAUUGCUUGGACCCAGUCUCGAGGACCUGUUUGACCUAUGUGAUAGGAAGUUCUCCCUCAAAACAGUUCUCAUGCUUGCUGUACAAAUGCUUCAUCGUAUGGAAUAUAUACACUCAAAGCAUUUAAUAUACCGAGAUGUGAAACCUGAAAAUUUUCUAAUUGGUCGUAAUUCCACUCGUAAACAGCAUAUCAUACAUGUGAUAGACUUUGGUUUGGCGAAAGAAUAUAUUGAUCCAGAAACACAUAAGCACAUCCCAUAUCGGGAACACAAAAGUCUCACUGGCACUGCCAGAUAUAUGAGCAUAAAUACACAUCUUGGGAAAGAGCAAAGUCGCAGGGAUGACUUGGAGGCCCUAGGUCACAUGUUCAUGUACUUCCUGCGUGGAAGUUUACCCUGGCAAGGUCUCAAAGCUGACACACUCAAAGAAAGAUACCAAAAAAUAGGAGACACCAAACGGGCAACUCCAAUAGAAGUCUUAUGUGAAAACUUUCCAGAGGAACUAUCAAAGUAUCUACAAUAUGUUCGACGACUUGAUUUUUUCGAGACGCCAGAUUACGAUUAUCUGCGGAAGUUGUUUAUGGAUCUGAUGGAGAAAAUGAAUAUUGAAUGUGAUUGGGAAUUCGACUGGGUGGGACGCCAGGUACCGACUCCAGUAUCAAAUCGAGACCAGGACACAACUGUUUCCCCACAUCGAGAUAAUCAGAACAUGAGAGAACGGCAUGCAACCAAUCCAAAGGGAAGCUCAAAUCAACGUGGCAUGGCGUGGUGCGAACCCACGCGUGGCCACGGUGGCAACUAUUUGGGCUCAAACCUGGCCGCAGAUAGACACGGUGGCUCUGUCCAGGUUGUCAGUUCACACAAUGGAGAGUUAAAUCCCGAUGACCCAACUGCUGGUGCAUCAAAUACACCGAUCACAGCCCAACAAGAAGUGGAAGUUGUUGAUGAAACUAAGUGCUGCUUCUUCCGAAGGCGCAAGAAAAAACGUGUAAGGCGGACUUGAGCAUCAAUCUGACAUUUCAUCAGCACGUCUCGCCCCAGCGCCAUCUAUACUUACUUAAAGUUCCCUUGCACACGUCUUUCUCUCUAUCACGACAUACUAUAAACUUCUGGGCUUUAAGUGCUUAAAGCCAUUUAAUGUUGAAAGUGACAAAGAAUUUGAACAUUAAAUUCCAUUUUUAAGGAUCAUGUGUAAAAAAUUAUAUAGAUGUUUUCAUAAAAGAAACAGUGAUAGACAAAAAAAAGGUGAUAGAUACAUACUGAAAAGUGACUGUGGAUUCACAUAAAUAAGGAAUAUGGAGAAAUUUGGAGUAGUGUCCAAUGUGUUUUUAGUGAAAUUUUUUAACAUUUUUUAUAUUGUGCUGGUUAAAAAAUGUGAUUUCCUGACGUGCAUGUAGAAAAUGUGGAAAAAAAAAAAAAAAAAAAGUUGAUUGGAUAGAUUUAAUGGAUUUUCAAAUGUUUGCCUAGUUAACAAAAUAUACAUGUUUGUUUUGUUACUUCUAAAGAUGUUGCUGCUUCCGGCGUACAGUAAAGCGUACUCGUCACAAAGAAAAACGGAGGAAAUGACGGCUAGGGUUUGGCCACGACUUGGAUACAGCCCCUCUACAAACAUCUCCAGAUGAAGAUUCCUCACCGCCAGUGUUUGGAACUCGACUUGCUAACUUAGGAUUUGCAAAUCAGUCUUUCUUAUGACAGCAGUACUGUCAUAGAUGUGCUACAACAAGAAAUAAUUUUUGGUACAAACAAUUGGCAAUUUCAAGGCAAAACCUGUUCAUGCUUUUGUGCCCUACAAACGAGUAGGCUGGGUUCUUGAAUUACUGAUGGGUUCCCAACCAAUUUUAUCUUAACAAAAAGUUUUUUUUCUCCUGUAAAUGAUAAGGUUUAUAUUUGGGAUUAAUGAUAUAUUGCAAAUGAUAAUAUUGCUGUUUUGGAAGAAGAAAUUAAAAUUCACAGUGUCCGACAUUUGAUAGGUUUUGUGUAACCGCAUUUUUCAAUUUGAACAUGUUUUUUUUUUUCUCAAAAAAGGAAUUGAAAUUUUUGUUGAAUUUACUUUAAUAUAAUUUACUCGAUAUUGCUCUGUUAGUUAAUUGUUUAGGAAACUGUAACGAAAUUUGAUUUUUUCAGUUAUGUUAUUAAUUCUUUUAGCUUAUCACUCAAAUUUUUAUAAGCAAAUAGAGAUAGUCAGAAAAUUAUGAUCACAAUAUUUUAUGUGCACAAAACAGAAAAGUGAGCUGCUUUGUAGAUAGGAAAUGGUAUUUUAAUAGACAUUUGGUAAUAGAUUUUUCAGGAAUUCUUCACGAUUUCCUUGCCACCGUGUUUUUUAUGUCAGAACAGAAAUUUCAGAUGCAAUACACAGAAAAUUAUAAGUAAAAACUAUCUUAUGUUAUAUAUUUAUGUUUGAUUAUUUUUCUGUAUUAGUAUUUUGCUUUGUUGUUGUAUUUCACAGUAUAAGGAAAUAUAGCUAUUUUGUUUUCAUACCGAUAGGGCAAAAACUAGGACAGAUAUUUUAGUUCCUGUUACAUUUAUUUAGUUUGUUGUGCCAUAAACCACAGAUGGAAAUAUGUUCAAAGUGCUAUUUUUAAAUGGAGAAAGUUACCAUUAGAACUGUUAAUAUGGAAAGAAUUGUGUAGAGAAAAGAUCUGUAGGCGAUAUCUAUGGAAAUGACAGCAGGCUUUUUGCAAAUUUAGUUUAAAGACAAUAUUAAAAGUGCUUGUUUAUCCGGCACAGACUUGGAAAAGAGAAGCUUCAGUCUUUUAAAGAUUCUUACAAAAUUUGUGUUCCUUUUGUCAGCAUUUUAUCAGCAAUGUCACGUUGUCAAGCACAAAGCAGUGUGCUUCCAACUCAAAAAGUGAAAUUCAGGAAAUAGCAGUUCUCUGCCCUUUGAUACAACUUGAUUCUUACAUUACAAUUUUCCUAAAACUAGAAACACUUCAGUGUAUUGUAAAGCAUAAAGAUGAAAUAAAGGGACAAUUAUUAGAUUGUGGAAGUCUGUAUUCGACUUGUGGCCAAACGUGGGUCAACUUUAUUUUGUCUAGUAAUAAGUCAUUAUCAUAUUUUCAUAUGAACACAUCUUCAGUCAUUUCAUAUUCUUUACGUUUUGUUUAUCAUAGCAACUUUUGUGCGUUCAAUAUUGAAACAAACAAAAAUAUGGAGUGAAAUAUGAUGAUGGUGGGAGGGGGGACAUUUGAUAGAAGGAUUAUCUUUUGUACAGGUGACUGUAACUAGAUAUUGACUAGAUACUGUUACUGGUGACAGUAACUGAGUAUGGUUAGUAGUGACGGUGACUAGAUAUUGUCACGGGACUGUAAAGAUAUGGUACUGCUGACGGUAACUAGAUAUUGUCACAGGGGACUUUAAAGAUAUGGUACUGCUGACGGUAACUAGAUAUUGUCACGGGACUGUAAAGAUAUGGUACUGCUGACGGUAACUAGAUAUUGUCACGGGACUUUAAAGAUAUGGUACUGCUGACGGUAACUAGAUAUUGUCACGGGACUGUUAAGAUAUGGUACUGCUGACAGUAACUAGAUAUUGUCACAGGGGACUUUAAAGAUAUGGUACUGGUAAUUCUUCAAUCUUUUUAAGGAAAUCUUGUUUUUCCUGCAUAAAAUAUAUACACAAGAACAAUUUAUUCACCUUAUAGACAAAAUGUUUCUGCCUUGUUUUAUGUACCAGUUAGCUCUGGUGACUUUUCUAGACUUUUCUAGACUUACUUCAGUGAGCCACCCCAGUGAAUCUAAGUCAGUCGCAUGUUUGUGAAUUCUCAUUUUUAUGUGUAUAUAUCAAAAUAAUUAUUAUUAAGGUUCUAUAGGCACACUGAAAUAAGUAAAGAGAGACUAGAAUGUUUGAGCUUUGAUUGACAAACUAAUGUGUUUUAUGUUUAUUUUCUCACCGUUUUGAAAAUGUUUUCUCAGUACAUGUGCAUUGAAAAAUGUCAACGAUUAAGAUGCAUUGAGCAGUGUUUAGUAUUCAUUGGUAUUUAUGCUUUAUUUAAAUGGAAGGGCAUCGGGUUAUCAAAAAAAAGAGUUGAAUAUUAACGUUUAUCAGUUCUCUCCCCUCAUCAAAAAAUCUAUAUUUAGAAAAGAAGUGUUUGGAAAAUGUUAAUAUGGUGCCCAGUAAAAAUCAAAAUACAUCUUUAGAGGUAAUUAGGAAAUUUAGGGCUAUUGCUAACAUUUGCAGUAAUAUUAGUUAGUUUCAUUGCUAUAGAUCCUCUCAUAGGAAAGGAUAACCAUCUAAAAAUAACCAUUUUAUUAAAAAAAAAAACAACAAAUUUGAAAUAUGAUUCAAGACAGAGUUAAUAUUCUGUUGGCUAAAUGCAUAUUUGCAUUGUGUCUGUGUACAGUUUGUAAUAUAAAGAACAAAAUGGUUUCUUUUAUUGUCUGGGGAAAACAGGACAAGUUACAGAGUUAAAGACACCAUGGGUUACCGGUCUUUUAUCAUUGUAUAUUUAUUUAAUAUAAAAGCUAUGUUUGAUGUAAAAAAGUAUAAUGUAAAACCACACCCACAGUUGAUGUUUCCACUGACAACGUAUGUACAUUAUACAUGUACAAUUUAUGUAUGUUUUGAUGACAGGGUCUGUGAAAAUACGGUGUUUCUGAUAAUGAAAAUAUGUCAUUUGAAGUUUAUGAUCAGUCCAUUUUAGCUGGUCUUUGUUAAAGGAAAAGAACCAGAAAAGUGUAGUUAACACAAACACAAAUGAUUUCAUUAAGUGAUAGAUUUACUAAGUGAAAUGUCAGAUAAAUACAUCAAAUAGACAAGUAAAAAAAAAAAUAGCAGCUACAGAAGGUUUUUUUUAUCCACAAUGUGACUGUCAGAAAUACGUCACGAAUUUGAACAAUGUUUUUAGUCAUUCUAGGCUAUUUGUAUUCAGAACGAAAUGUAAUCCAUAUGGAAAGUUUUGAGAUGAGAUGCAUUGGUGAUGGUCUUGGGAUUAAAUGUGAGACCUCUCAGGGACAAAGUUGCACAUGCAUGUUGUAUACGGGAGAUAUUAUCCAUGACCUAGUAGUUUUACUCUGAAGUGUUCACGGCAAAACAGAAAGCUUUUUUUUUUUUUCAGACAAUGUGACAUAUAUUUAGUGUUAAAAGCCUGGAAAAAUAAAUCACAAAAAGACAUGAAUUAAGGAAACAUUUAAUGUUUUUUUUUGUUUUUUUUUUAUAAAAAAGCAGUUCUGAUUAAAAGGGCUUUAAGGUGUGUGGAUUUUAAAAGUAACUGAUCUCUGAUAGGUGAAUUACCGGUAGUGGAAGUAAAAAUGAUGCGAAGUUGCAUCCUUGGUUUAUUUUUGAGUAUUUGCAUAAUUUUGUAAGGUCUACUUAACAUUAAAGGUAGGCAGGUUAUUUCAUUGGCUUAUGAUAAUAAUAUUCUUGAGACAUGCUGUAUUUUGUAGUUACUUGUAGUUAAAUAGGUGUACAUGUAGUUAAUUUUAUUGCAAAAAAAAAGAAAUCACAAAUAUUUGGAGUGAUGUUUUAUUUGUAUUUACUUAAUAUACUUACAUAUAUUUGCUUUAAUACAGAGCUUAGAAACAAAUUUAUUUGAAUAUUACUGAAGAAGAAACGUGUUUAAUUUAUGAUAUUUCUUCAUAUAUGGAAACAGUGUUUCUAUAAAAUUUUAUUUUGUGUAAAUGUGGUGAUUUUCAUCAUUUACAGUGCUUUGGCUUGUAUUUUGACAAACAUUGAUAUUGUUUAAAUGGUACACGAGGUCAAAAAUUAUGAGAAGUGGUUGUUUUUAGUCAAUUUUUGUGUGUGGUUCGUGUAAUUGUUUGAGUGCCGCAUUUUGUUUUUUUCGAUUUUGAUUCUUAACAUUGAGACAGAGUGAAAAUAGUAAAUUGGUUAUAUUUGAUAUACUUUGUUAAUAUUUGUAUAUAAAUGUUUCAUUUAUAUUCAUAAAUGUAUAUACAGUGUACUAUGUCUUUGUUUUAACAUUAAAAAUGCUUUGAAUGAAUGAACUUCUCACCAAUAAACAUUUUAAAAGUACAA